ACAAGCAGCUGUCUGUCUGUCAGCACUCAGCCUGGACGAUGAGAGCGGCACGCUGGGUCGUGUUGUUGGCUGCGUUGCUGUCUCUGGGAUUCACAGUGGCACACAACCACAGUGGGGAGACAGACACCUACCGUGUGAGUGUUGGACGUCUCUUCGUGCUGAGGUGUCUGUCUGCUGACGCCAACGUGACCUGGAGCAGCGAGGGGACCCACAACCAGAGCCUGCCCACCGGAGUGGAGGUCAGGGACAGCUUACUGUGGUUUCUACCUGUGCAGGUGUCUCAUAAUGGAUCCUACACCUGCGAGACAAGAGGUACGACAGGACCAUCGAGGGUCACGUUUGGGGUGUCGGUGUCCAGAGGAGAAUGUCCUGAUCCACCUGAGACCAAAACCCUCACCAAGGGAGCCAAUCAAGAGCUUCCUUGUAAACAGUCAGAGAUCUUAAACCUGGAAAACAAAAGGAACAUAACAUGGAUGAAGGACUGCCGGCCGAUGAAGCAGGCGGAGGAGCGCAUCUCUGUGGAUGAGAGUGGUUUGAUGAGAUUUGCUCCAGCCUCAGAGCGGGACGCUGGGACGUACACCUGCCUGGUGGACAUCAUCUUGGACGGGAAGAAGUACACCGCUGCACGCAGCACCCGCCUGACUAUCAAAAAUAAUACAUUUGUUACAGAGCCUGAGGUGGUGUUCCCUCAAAAUGAAGUGGUCGUUGUUGAAGAGGGUUCGACAGUGCAGCUAAAGUGUUUCGCCUAUGUGGGCUUCAGUGAGAACAAGCUGACUUCCAUCUAUUGGACUGUCGACGGGGUCGACACGGAAGAUGACGAGGAACUCAGCGACUCCUGGAAAUAUACUCACGACAGAGGCAAAGUGUACGGUCUGUCCAUUCUCUCCAUCUCUAAAGUCCGUCAACGGUUCCUGAACGUCCCCAUUCAUUGUUAUGUGUCCAACUCAGUUGGACAAGCAGUCGGCGUGGUGUGGCUUCAAGAAGCCGACCGCAGUGCUGUCUACACCAGCGUGGCUCUCUGCCUCGCUGCCUCGCUGGCUGUUCUGGCGCUGGCUGCGUCCGUCCUCUUCUUCAAAGUAGAGCUGGUGUUGGCUCACAGGAAGCUGCUGAGGCAUUUUUUUUCCAAACAAAAAGCUCCUGAUGGGAAACUCUACGAUGCCUACGUGAGCUUCCUGCAUCCGGACGGCCUGAGUUCAUCUGAGACGCAGAGGUUCGCCCUGCAGAUUCUGCCUGAUGAGCUGGAGAAAAAAGAUGGCUACUCCCUGUAUAUCAGAGGACGAGACGACUGCCCUGGAGAAGCUGUGCAUGAUGCUAUCGCUGCUACAGUGCGUCAGUGCCGCAGGCUGAUACUCAUCCUAUCAUCUGAAAUUAAAUCCUCCAAUGAUGGCAAAACAGAGGAAGCGGUGUUGUCUGACAACCAAGACCAUCUGUGGUACGAGCAGAAAGUUGGCCUGUAUGACGCUUUGACCCAGAAAGAACCCAGAGUGAUUCUGGUGGAAAUCGAUGGUCCGCUGGAUUACAGCUGCCUCUCAGAGUCUUUGCGUUAUAUCAAGAGGAAACAAGGAGCUCUAAAGUGGAAGAAACCCUCUCAAGAAACCCACAAACUCUUAAAACUGCACUCAAAUAGAAACUUCUGGAAGCAUCUGAGGUACCACAUGCCCUCAGUACCAGCAGGGAGAGUCCAGACUAUCGUCUAAACCAAGUUUUAAAGAAGAAACAGAUGUUUUGUUUGUCACAUAAGGAGCUUCAGGCCUGUCUUCUUGGAAUGCUUUUUGAUUUUCAACAUGUGCAGACCAGAUGGUGUACUGACAGAUAUUUUAUCCAUAUUCAUCAUCAUCCGAUUGUGUGAUAUCAGGUUGACUCUACUAGCUACUCACACUGAUAUCCGCGGGAUUUCCUCCUGGUACAAAACAUCAAUACCUUACGGAUGAUACAGCGUUGUUGCAGACUGUCAUCCCUGGCUCAUGCCUACAUGCUUUUGCUGAGUGUCUGGGCAUUCGGGUGAGGACACUCACUACUUGGUUUACCCUGCCACAAGUUGUUAUGGUUCCUACUGCGGGCUGUGAUUAGCUAGAACUCAUCAUGUUGACUCACCAAGGGCGGAAGUUGUUAGGAUCUGAUCUCAGACGUUUUCCAAGAUCAGAGUGGUAAAUUUACAUGAAACUAGAAAAACGGCCUUGCAGUUUUAUGCCUCUACAAACCACUGAAGUCAGUUACAUCCCCCUGUAUCUGGCCAAAUGUCUCCUUCUGCUCCUGAGUUAUAGCAUCGAAUGAUGGAUAGAAAAGUAUUUUUGUAGAACAUAUUGAGGUCAAAGUGAAGAUGACCUUUGACUUUUUGUAUAUCAAAAUAUCAUCACUUCAUCAUUUUAUUCUAUUAGACAUUUGGGUCAAUGUUCAUGCUUAGCGUAUAAAUUCUUGAGUUACGUCCAAAAACAUUGGUAACAUUGGUUUUCCAUUACGUCCAAUGUUUUGCGAGGUUACAGUGACUUGAUCUUUGUCCACCAAAUUCUAAAUCCUUUAUUUAUUGAGUCCAAGUGGACGUUUGUCCCACAUUUGAGGAAAUACCCCCAAGGUGUUUUUUAGACGAGUUCACAAGAAUGACACAGAUACAAGGCCACAGUCACCUUAAGCUUUAAACGCCAAAUUCUGAUCAGUUCAUUUUUGAGUCCAAAUGGACAUCUGUGCUCAAUUUGAAGAAAUGCCAUCAAGGUUUUCCUGAGAACUUGCGUUCACAAGAAUGAGACAAACGAAUUCACAGAGACUUUUGCUCACCAAAUUCUCAUCAGUUCAUUUAGUGGACAUUUGUGCCAAAUUUGGAGACAUUCCCUUGAGGCCUUCUUGAAAUAUUACGCUCACAAGUAUGACGCGGAUCCUGCCACAGUGACCUUGACAUUUGAACACUAGAUUACAAUCGGCUUAUCCUUUAGUCCAAGCGGACGCUUGAGCCAAAUUUGAGGAAAUCAACGCAAGGUCUUCUUGAGAUAUCACAUUCAUGGGAAUGAGAUGGACACAAGGUCAUAGUGACCUUGACCUUUGACCACCAAAAUCUAAUCAGUUCAGCAUUUAAGCCCACUACAAUGUUUGUCAAACUUGAAGGAAAUGCCUUCAGUGAUUCUGACACACAGAAUUAACGAGAAUCAAACAAAUGAGGUCACAAUAAACUUUGACCACCAGAAUUGAAUAAUUUCAGUGUUGAGUCCAAGUGUUUGUGCCACAUUUGAAAAAGAAUGGGACAGCCAACUAGAAAACAUGCUGUCUCCGGCCAUCACUGUUGUCUUUGUAGAAGCAUACAAACUCUCAAACCACUGCCAGAAAGUCAGGUGAGGUAAAGGAAAAGCAGACACAGCACAUGGAGGCAGUAAAGUGAGGUGGGUUAGUGGGUUAAGCACAGGAUUUUCACACAGGAGACUGCAGUGUGAGUCCCAUGUAAGUCAAUGUUGGCUUUUUAUGUUUAGGCUUAAAGUUGACUCAAUUUUUUUUAGCUUUUCGAAUGUAUAAAAAAUACUGAAUGCACACUGUGUACAGCAGAAAAGCUAAACAGAGCCAUUCCUGUUGUCAUGUUGAUAGGACACCCAGGAAUGAACACCCGGGUGUAAAUAUCAUCAUUUUAUAAUUAAGAAUUGUAUUUAUUUAUUGCAUAUGUAUUUUAUAUAUUUAAGGCUGUUGUGGUUUGGUAAUCGCACUAGUCACUAUUUGGUUUUUAAUAUUUUCUUUUUUUAAUCUUGUCUUUGAUUAAUGAAAGUGAGAAAAUGGUACAGAAAAAAGGAGAAAAACCUGACUCACUUAUCUCUGUUUUUAGUAAAAAUUAGAACAUAAUGUGAAGCGCACAUAUCUACAAGGUCAUGCAGAGGAAGAACUUUGAUGAAGAUCAGCAGAGCUGCAUUUAACCCUUUACACAUUCAGUGUUUCAGUCCUCUGUUAAACCUGAAAUAAACCACCUGACCUCAUUUUUUUCUGCACAUAUUUAACAUCUGCCAGCUGUUUAAAGUCAAUCUUAUCUUAUAUGUGCGAGCGAACUCUGUUUGCAUGUUUCCUCCACAGUACAGCAGGGUUUCUGAGGAACUGAUGUUAACUGGUUUAAGAAAAGUUAUAAUGAUAAGAUUACUGUAGACUGGUCUAAAGCUUAAUAUUUAUGUUCCUUUUCUUGACACCAGAGAUGUGCAGUAUUUUAAUUAAAAGUAUGAAAAAAA